AUGGCCAUCCACGUUGAGGCUCGGGAUCGGGGAAGCCAUAGCCAUGCCGUGGCGGGCGCCUCGCUCUUCGAUGCAGCCACUGCACGUGUUCUCUCCUCCCUCAACGUCGUCUUCUUCGCAGAGAUCGCACAGCGAAAAGCGCAGAUGGAAACGGGAACGAACCCACCCCACUUGCACAGUCAGUCGCGUGGAGCUCACCUUCUUCUGCAGUACCACCGUGCUGUUUUUUGUUUGUUUCUCGGGAAAGAAAAUAUCGGGGCUCUUCCGUCUCGCAUAUUCUCCAUUCACGGUCUGCCUUCAUUCAGUUGGUUGAGCUCUUUCUUCUCAUCAUGUGACAGAGACUUGCCUUAUAAAUAUCUUCCCUCCCUCUUCUCUUCAGUCCAGUAG